AUGGACAAAAGUUUUGUUUUGAACAAAUUUUCAAUUUUGUAUAAAUUUCGUAAUUAUAAAAUUGUUGCGCAGAAACCGAAAUUAUUUAAGAGGAAAAUAAUUGGGAAAAACGCUUAUACUGCACCUUAUUCGAAAAAAGCAAACAUACCAGCACAAGAACAAAGAAAAAAACUUCUAUUGAGCGCACCUGCAAUUAUAACAACGCCCAAAAAGAAAUGUAUUAGUUCAUUGGAUAAUGCAAUUCAUAAACCGAAAGGUGGUGAUAAAAAGAUUUAUUCCGAAAGACCAAACUUUUUUAAUGUAAUAUCACAUAUCAGUUCAUUGGAGAAUGUCAAUUAUACACUGAAAAGAGGAUAUUUGAAGAUAGUUUUCGUAAAGUCAGAUUUUUCAAAAGUUAUAUCACGUGUUAGAUCAUCAAUCAACAUCAUAUCUUCUCUCACUUUGGAUGAUGUUCUUGAAGAUGAUAAUAAUAGUCCUCCUUCACAUGAGGAAUAUCAGACAUUAUAUAAUACUCCUCAUAUACCUAUUAUUGAAGUGAUGUCUCCUAUUAUGAAACAUUUCAAAGAAGAAAAAAUACGUGAAGAUUUAUCUCAUAUUAUCAAAACUGGAUUUUAUGAUUCAUUUCAGGAAGCAAACAAACAUACUGAAUUUUCUUCUCAAAAUAAUUUCAUUGAUAAUGAUCAAUACUUUUCUAAAAAAAAAACACAUUAUCAACAUGAAAUCAUUUUUAAUAAAUUUAAUAAUAAAGAAGAUUUUCAAAAAAAUCCUGCUUCAAUAAGAGAAUCUAUUAUAUUUUUUAUUGAGAAUCCUUUAAAUGAUUCUGAUUUAUAUUUUGAAGUUAAUGUUCAAAGAAAAUUAUUUUUUAUUAUCUAA